CAAACAGUAGUCAAUAUUCCUUAAACAGUCAUGGAUUUUACCCAAGUUGAAUUUCCCAUUUCCGUAGAAUUAAAUACUCUUAAAACAUAUUUUGAUUUGACACUAUGUAAAUUGCCCAAAAUUCAUGGCAAAUCAUUGCCUAUUGGCGAUGAUGUGGAAACCGAAACAAAUCAACCCAAAAGCCUAAGGCAUUUGGUAUUGGAUUGUCUGCUGGAAAAUUGGUGUGACAAUCCCGUCUUUAAGGAAAUACCCCGUCAAAAGGACCGUAACUACAUUCUAAGCAACUUGGAUGUAAAUCUUCCUCUCAAGAUUUUAAGCACCCACAUUCAGGAUGAUUUCUUUUGGCGCAAAAGUUAUCAGCAUCGCUGGAAAACCCUUUACUAUAUGACAUACACAUAUCCACCCUAUCCGCCAGUGGCUUCACCAUCGCCCAGCCUUAGUGAUCCAGUGCCGCAGAGGGAGAAAAAAGUAACAAAGCCAUGGAUUAACAUUUACAUGGAACGUCAUCUGCAAGAGUUUAUUGAAAAUCUAACAACGCUGGACUAUGAGGAGGAAGGUAUACAGGCGACAAUAUUGGACAUUUGUGCAGCGUAUAUAAAUCAAUUGGAGAUAAACUACCUUCAGCCUAGCAUGGAUGGUCUGAAUGAUCACAUUCCACUUGAUUUCAUUUUGAGUAAUCUACCGGAAUUGCGUACAUUACGUGUGACAUAUUGUACUAAAACUAUUGGGACACAAUUCUAUUUGGGUUGCAAUACCUUAUCGCAAAAGGAUGCAAAUAUCCUGGCCAGAGGUUUGGCUCAGUGUCAUGAAUUGGUGAAUUUUUGUUUACACAACACCUCCCUGCAGCCAUAUCAACUAGGAUUAUUUGCACAUAGUUUGGACAAGGGUUGUCAUCACCUCACAGCUCUAUCUCUGGAGCAUUGUAGUUUGGGUGAUGAAGGUAUCGCCGAGUUUAUGGGAGCUUUAAACAAGGAGUCCUUUGGAACAUUAAAGUAUUUGGACUUGACUAACAAUAAAAUAACCUCAGAGGGAGCUCACACUUUGGCAUGUUUGAUAAAAAGCCUUAAUCUGGAGAAAAUAAGUUUGCGUUUAAAUCCCAUUGGGGAUGAAGGAGCCUCAGCUAUUAUUGGAGUAUUGGACUAUAUACCCAUUAGAAAUCUGGACAUUUCUGGUUGUUCCCUCACCAGCAAUAUUACAAAUAUGUUUAUGCAACUUAUAACACAAAGCGAGACUUUAUGGUACAUUGAUGUUACCAAUAAUGAUUUGGGAGUGAUCUUUGGCAGACACUUAUUAGAUGUCAUUGUUAACAACAAGAUUUUGAAAGCUGUGGAUCUAAGGAAUACAGGAUUGUCAUUGAAUAUGUGUAAUGAGAUAAAGGACAUUUUAAAGGAAAAUUUUAAUAACUAAUAAAUAGUGGUUCAAAGAACUGCAUAAUUCUUAGUAAACAAUGAA